AAAUAAUAAAAUUGAGUAUUUCGUGAUUAAAAAAAAAAAAUAAAAGGAAAAAAACACCCUAAGCUUGAAGAUUUAAGAUGUGUUUAUUUAACACUUGGUUUUUAUUUUAAUUAUUUCCUCAACUUUUUAAAAACACGAUUUACUUAUGAUAUUUUUUUUGAAGUAAAUAAAUUAAUAUAUUCAAAUAUAUUAUAUAUUUUUCUUAUAAUAUAUUCAUCGAAAGUUGGAUCCAAAAAGUUAUUGAAUGAAGAAACCUAAAUAUGUUUUAAAAUAAAACAGAGACACUAAACUAAAGGCCUAUAAAUAAUGGUAGAUCACACUCAUUUCUAUACCAUUUUCUUUUCUUCUCAUUUCAAUUAAUCCCUCCGACUAAACAUGUCUGAAUCACCGGUGGAGCUUGUGUUCAUCCCCUCGCCGGGGCUGAGCCACGUCAUCCCCACCGUCGAGGCCGCCAAGCUCCUCCUCGCCCGCGGCGGCGAUCGCCUCACCGUCACUGUCCUAAUCGUGAGGCUACCGGAGAAAGGAGACGAUAAAACCGACAAAAUGUUGUCCGAUAUCAAAGCAACAGUCCCACGCCUCCGAUUCGUCGAAUUGCCUUUUGACCAUAAUGCCCCCGGCGCCGACUCCCCGGUCUUUCGAUUCACUUAUAUCCUUAGUUGCGGCGACAAGAUCAAGCAAUUAUUGUCGGAUUUGAUCGACAAGCCAUCCGUCCCCGGCUCCCGGCUAGUCGGGCUUGUCCUCGAUAUGUUUUGCACGAAUUUAAUUCAGGUAGGGAAAGAAUUGAGCAUUCCUUCCUACGUUUACUACACUUCGGGAGCAUUCAGUUUUGGCGUCUUUUACGACAUAAUUUCACUCAAAUUCGACCAAAAUCAGGACAUGACACAAUACAUGCAUUCCGACACUAAGCAGUUGUCCUCACGAUGCGCCUCUCACCCUAUUCCCGCCAAAUUAAUUCCCCUGUUUUUGAUCGACGGCAGCCCUAUCGGAGAAAUCAUGGUCGAAUUCUUCCGGAAAUUCGCCGGCGCCAAAGGAGUUCUCAUCAACACCUUCUACGAACUCGAAUCAUACGCCGUCGAUUCGCUGUCCGCUCAUUACAACAACUAUCCCAAGAUUUACCCGAUCGGACCGAUGUUGAAGGACAUUGCCGUCUCCGGCGAUCCGUCGGUGGCCGAUUUGAUGACGUGGCUGGACGAUCAGCCGGAGGAGUCGGUGGUGUUCCUGUGCUUCGGGACGAUGGGGGCAUUCGAUGGAGCUCAGGUUAAGGAAUUCGCCAAGGCUCUGGAAGAUUCUGGAAGCAGGUUCGUGUGGUCGCUGCGGAAGCCGACGUCGUCGUUGCUGCCAGCCGAGUACGGAGACUACGGCGAGGUUCUGCCGGAGGGUUUUUUGGAGCGGACGGCGGGACGGGGGCGGGUCCUCGGGUGGGCCCCUCAGGCGGCGGUGCUGGCGCACCCGGCUGUGGGGGGUUUCGUGUCGCACUGCGGGUGGAACUCGGUGCUGGAGAGCGUAUGGCACGGCGUUCCGGUGGCGGCGCUGCCGCUGUACGCGGAGCAGCAGCUAAAUGCGUUCGAGCUGGUGAGGACAUUGGGGAUGGCGGAAGAGAUCAAGAUUGAUUACAAGUUAGAUGUGACUAGGCAGGAGCCGGCGCCGGAGAUCGUCCCGGCGGGGGAUAUCGAGGCUGCGAUCCGGCGGGUGAUGGCGGCGGAGGGCGGCGUGAGGGGGAAAGUGAAGGAGAUGCAGAGGAAGAGCCGAGAGGUUUUGGAGGAAGGCGGGUCGUCGUGGACGUCGCAAGAGGACUUCUUCCAAGAUGUGUUGAAAAACGUCGGAUUGGAAUAGUUGGUUGGUUGAAUUAUGAGAGUUGAUUUUUCAAAGACUUUUGAUUUUAAGCAUUAAUUGAGGUAUGACUGAAUUUGUAUUUGGUCACGAGAAUUUGGUUAUGUUUCUUGUUAUACAUUUCUAAUUAUUUUCUAUAUAUAUAUAUAUAUAU